AUGCCAGACGAGAUCUUGAUGAUGAUCAUUGACCUCGCCGUCCAGUCCAAGCGUCGACGCAAUGAAUCUCCGGUCCUGCUUCGCCCAAAGCUUAACAAUACCGACUUGGUCAUGUUCAAGCGCAUCUUUGUCAAAGACGGUCGGCGCAAGCGAUGCCUUGUCCGCAUCGAUGUCGACUUCGAUUUGCGCAGCACGCCGCUUGACGUACCCGAAUUCUUCCACGGAACUGAGGAGCAGCGUGCGAUCAUGGUCAUGAGACUCAUUGACACUAACGAUCCUCCCCUUUUCAGCCACAGGCAAUUCGAUGCGCAGCUGAGGCAAGACAACAUCAGAAUGACCACAUUUCUUGUCCAACUUUUCCGACAUCUCAAAAGAUGGAAGAAAGCUGACCCGUCAACCGAUAUCACUCUGCGGCUCGUCGCUGAAAAUCCAACAUACUAG